CGGCGGCGCUGCCCGGGACCCGCGUGGCUGCCGCGGCUCGGGUGGGCGCUGGGCCUCGGGGGCCGCUGCUGCCGCUGCCUCUGAGGGAGUGCGAGGCGUCGCGGCGGUGCCCUCCGCUGGAGGAGGAGAAAGAGGAGGCUUUCGGCCAGGGACGACCUCCCGGCCAUGGUGAGGCGGCGGCCGCCGCAGCCCGGGGAUCAAACGAAGCAUAUCAAAUUAGCAGGACUAGCUGGUGGCACAGUAAUCAUGAAUAAAAACAGAAUCUGUUCCUUAUCACGUGCAUAAGGGGGAAAAGGUUUAAACAAGUCUCUUAAGUGGUUUCCUCACUGAUGGAGAAUUAUUUCCAAGCAGAAGCUUACAACCUGGACAAGGUGUUAGAUGAAUUUGAACAAAACGAAGAUGAAACAAUUUCCCCUACUUUAUUGGACGCAAAGUGGAAUAAAAUUCUAGAUCCCUCUUCCCACCGACUGUCGUUUAAUCCUGCAUUGGCUAGUGUGAAUGAACCUGCAGUUUCUAAUGAAUCACAGCCACAGCUAAAAGUCUUCUCUUUGGCUCAUUCAGCUCCAACUGAGGGAGAAGAUCACUGUGCUAAUGGGCAGAACUGUAGUCUAAAUCCAGAGAUUGCCACAAUGUGGAUUGAUGGAAAUGCUGUUGCAGAAGAUCAGUUAAUCAAGAAAAACUAUAAUCGAGAUGGUCAGUACAGUGCUGCUGAAGCAGGAGAGAAAAAAUGUGGAAACUUAACUUGUCUUCCAGAUGAGAAAAGUGUUCUUGUUGUAGCUGUCAUGCAUAAUUGUGAUAAAAGGACAUUACAAAGUGACUUGCAGGACUGUAAUAAUUAUAAUAGCCAAUCUCUCAUGGAUUCUUUUAGCUGUUCACUGGAUAAUGAAAACAGACAAACUGAUCAAUUUAGUUUUAGUAUGAAUGGAUCCACUGAAAAAGAUAUGAACUCAGAAAAACAAAUGGAUCCAUUGAAAAGACCCAAAACAGAAGGGAGUUCUGUUAAUCAUCUAUGUACAACUUCUUCUGAUAGUCUAACCAGUGUAUGUUCCACUUCACAAUUAAAGGAUGAUGAAAGUAUAGGUAGAGACUCCUCAGUGUCUAUGAUUACAAGUUUAACAGUUGAUUCAGUGAUCUCAUCCCAGGCAACAGAUAAAGGCUCUACUGUUAAAAGACAAGAAGAUUGUAUGCCAGAUGAGGACAUUAUUGGCAAAAUCAGCUCUCCUUGGACAGACAUGGGGAAUCCAAACACCUUUUCCCACUUGGGGGAGGAGAUUUUGAGAGAAAAGAAGCCAGCAGAGGAGAGAACAACUGAAGAAUCACUCCAGUCUGGUUUACCUUUGUGUCUCAAACCAGACAUGCCUCGAAAAGAUAACUCUGAAAAGUUUUCAGAUUGCCUUGUGCCUAAUGAAGUUAGAGCUGAUGAAAAUGAACAUUAUGAACAUGAAGAAAUUCUUGGCACUACAGAACUACUUAAUAUGACAGAGCAUUUCUCUCUCUCUCAGGAGAUGAGUAAUUGGAAAUUGACUAAACUAAAUGAGAUGAAUGAAGAUAGCCAAGUAAAUGAAGAAAGUGAAAAAUUUUUACAAGUUAAUCAGCCUGAUGACACUAAUGGUGAUAAUGUAGGAGAGUGUGUUGGAGUAGUAGAUGCAGAUCUAGAUUUAAAAGGAACUUGCACGAGUGAAAGUGGAGGAUGUGAUUUCUCCACUGUUACAGAUUCAUCAGCAGCAAAUUCUUUAUCUAAUGGUUGUGAUUCCUAUGGAAUGCAGAGCCCAGUUGUUUCUUUUGUUCCAAAGACUUUACCCUCCAAAGAAGAUUCAGUAACAGAAGAAAAAGAAAUAGAGGAGAGCAAGUCAGAAUGCUACUCAAACAUUUAUGAACACAGAGGAAAUGAGGCGACAGAGGGGAGUGGACUACUUUUAAACAGCACUGGUGACCUAAUGAAGAAAAAUUAUUUACAUAAUUUCUGUAGUCAAGUUCCAUCAGUCCUUGUGCAGUCUUCCCCCAAGAUUGUAGCAAAUCUGCAAUCCAUCAGUGUUCCUUUUGGCGGUGCAAGACCCAAGCAACCUUCUAAUCUUAAACUUCAAAUUCCAAAGCCAUUAUCAGACCAUUUAAAAAACGACCUGUCCACAAACAAUGGAAAUAGUAUUAAAAACAAAAACGAUAUUCUGGGGAAAGCAAAACUAGGGGAAAACUCAGCAACCAAUGCCUCUUUGGGAAGCAUCUCUAGUGCUGAUACAAAUGGGGAGCAUACAGAGAGUUAUGAGGCUUCCAGUAGACCGUGCCUUGCAGUAGCUCCAGAUAGCCCAGAUAAUGAUCUGAGAGCUGGUCAGUUUGGAAUUUCUGCCAGAAAGCCAUUUACCACUCUGGGUGAAGUAGCUCCAGUAUGGGUACCAGAUUCCCAGGCUCCAAAUUGCAUGAAAUGUGAAGCCCGGUUUACAUUCACCAAAAGAAGGCAUCAUUGCAGAGCAUGUGGGAAGGUUUUCUGUGCUUCCUGCUGUAGCCUGAAGUGUAAACUAUUGUACAUGGAUAGAAAAGAAGCUAGAGUGUGUGUAAUCUGCCAUUCAGUGCUAAUGAAUGUGGCUCAGCCCAGAGAGCAGAGGAGAGUUUGGUUUGCUGAUGGGAUUUUGCCCAAUGGAGAAGUUGCUGAUGCAGCCAAAUUAACAAUGAAUGGAACUUCUUCAGCAGGAACCCUGGCUGUGUCACAUGACCCAGUCAAGCCAGUAGCUACCAGUCCUUUACCAGCAGAGGUGGAUAUUUCUCUGUUCUCUGGGAAUAUAACUCAGGUUGGAAGUCCUGUUGGAAGUGCAAUGAAUCUUAUUCCUGAAGAUGGCCUUCCUCCCAUUCUUAUCUCCACUGGUGUGAAAGGAGACUAUGCUGUGGAAGAGAAACCAUCACAGAUAUCUGUAAUGCAGCAAUUAGAAGAUGGUGGCCCUGAUCCGCUUGUGUUUGUUUUAAAUGCAAAUUUGUUGUCAGUGGUUAAAAUUGUAAAUUAUGUGAAUAGGAAGUGCUGGUGUUUCACAACCAAGGGAAUGCAUGCAGUGGGUCAGUCUGAGAUAGUCAUUCUUCUACAGUGUCUACCAGAUGAGAAGUGUUUGCCAAAAGACAUCUUCAGUCACUUUGUGCAACUUUAUCGGGAUGCUCUGGCAGGGAAUGUUGUGGGCAGCUUGGGACAUUCCUUCUUCAGUCAGAGUUUCCUUGGCAGUAAAGAACAUGGUGGAUUCUUGUAUGUAACAUCUACCUACCAGUCACUGCAAGACCUGGUACUCCCAACCCCACCUUAUUUGUUUGGGGUUCUCAUCCAGAAAUGGGAAACUCCUUGGGCUAAAGUGUUUCCCAUUCGACUAAUGUUGAGACUUGGAGCUGAAUAUCGACUUUAUCCUUGCCCGCUGUUCAGUGUGCGAUUUCGGAAGCCAUUGUUUGGAGAGACGGGGCAUACCAUCAUGAAUCUUCUUGCAGACUUCAGAAAUUACCAGUAUACCUUGCCAGUAGUUCAAGGUUUGGUGGUUGACAUGGAAGUUCGGAAAACAAGCAUCAAAAUUCCCAGCAACAGAUACAAUGAGAUGAUGAAAGCCAUGAACAAGUCCAAUGAGCAUGUCCUUGCAGGAGGUGCUUGCUUUAAUGAAAAGGCAGACUCUCACCUGGUAUGUGUACAGAAUGAUGAUGGAAACUAUCAGACCCAGGCUAUUAGUAUUCACAAUCAGCCCAGGAAAGUGACUGGUGCCAGUUUCUUUGUGUUUAGUGGUGCUCUGAAAUCCUCUUCAGGAUACCUUGCCAAGUCCAGUAUUGUGGAAGAUGGCGUCAUGGUCCAGAUCACUGCUGAGAACAUGGAUGCACUGAGGCAGGCACUUCGAGAGAUGAAGGACUUCACCAUCACCUGUGGGAAGGUGGAUGCAGAGGAUCCCCAGGAGCACAUCCACAUCCAGUGGGUGGAUGACGACAAGAAUGUUAACAAGGGUAUCAUAAGUCCUAUAGAUGGAAAGUCCAUGGAGUCUAUAACAAAUGUGAAGAUAUUUCAUGGCUCAGAGUAUAAAGCCAAUGGAAAAGUCAUCAGAUGGACAGAGGUGUUUUUCCUGGAAAACGAUGACCAGCAUAACUGCCUGAGUGACCCUGCAGAUCACAGCAGACUCACUGAGCAUGUUGCCAAGGCUUUCUGCCUUGCUCUCUGUCCCCACCUGAAGCUUCUGAAGGAAGAUGGAAUGACAAAACUGGGAUUGCGUGUGACACUUGACUCAGAUCAGGUUGGCUAUCAAGCAGGGAGCAAUGGCCAGCCCCUUCCCUCCCAGUACAUGAAUGAUCUGGACAGCGCCUUGGUGCCGGUGAUCCAUGGAGGGGCCUGCCAGCUCAGUGAGGGCCCGGUCGUCAUGGAACUCAUCUUUUAUAUUCUGGAGAACAUCGCAUAGAGAAGACUUCAUUUUUUUCUGUUCUGACCUGUUGCAACAACAGUCAUACCCAAAUCAUUUGCACUUUAAAACUGGAAGAUUAAGCUUUUGUUAACACUAUUAAUGGGGGGAGGGUUGGAGAGGGUGGGAAUGAGGGUUUGGGGGGGCAAGGGUGGGAAAGGGUGGUUGGGGGAACAGAUGUUCCAUAAUUCUAUGUCUUCUAUGCAUCGUCCACCAAGAAGAUCUGGACAGCUUCUGUUACUGCACAAUAGUUACGCUAUCUUUGCAGCUAAUCCCCUUCUGUUACUGUCUAGACAAGAAUUCCGCCCCACUCUUUUCAGAUUAGUCAUGAUCAUGUGCUCAGAAAUGCUCAAGUGGGUACAACCUUCACCAAGGGUGGGGUGGGAGGGCAAAGGGAAAAUAAACCAUGAAACAUCAGUUUUGCACUCUCUCUGCAGAAUUGGUAUAAAGAGGACAACACACAGAUUUUGUUCCAUCACAGCUGUUUACCAAGUAUAAGUCACAUGCAGAUUAUAUAUAUGUUUUUACACAUUAUUCAUUAAAGUGAAUCAAAGACCAAAGGGACCCAUGGAGCCAGGGAAGAGUUGCAUGUACUCAUGGAGGAGCUCAGUGUAAGCGAGGCAUCCAGACAGCAGAGCUGGGCAGGACCCCGUGAGAUCUGCCCAAGUGAGUGGCAAAUGUGUAACUGGGCCUUUCUUUGAAAUCUAACAAACCCAAGGCAUUUUUAGUUAUUAUAUCCUGAGAAAUAUUUUUUUACACAUUUUAUUGGAAAAGCAUUUUAACAUCCAGGAAAGCUACAAGAAACCCCUACUGUGUAUUCUUUACCCAGAUACACUUCUUGUUCACAUGUUAACAUUGUGUCCCUUAUGAUGUUUUUCCCCUACAAAAAAACUAAAGCAUUUAAAUUGCCUAAAUUUCACUUCUUUAUCUCUAAGUAUUUUGAUGGAUUUAUAUGGAUAGUCUUCUAUAACUACAGACCAGUUUAGCCAAGUUCACAUUGAUGUCAUGUUUUAACCUGGUGUCUGUCAUGUCCUUUGUAGCAUACCCUCCCACCCCCAAAUCCUUCUAGCCUAGGGACAGCAUGUAGCUGUUAUGAUUGCUUUUAUCUUUCUUCAUUGGUAUUUUCUGUGACUGUAGGCCUCUAGAGCCAUCUUGUUUUAUAAGAGAAAAAUACCUCAUUUUGAAUUUGAUGUUUAGAGUCAUUUUUUUUCUUUUUUUUAAGAGUCAGUUUAUGCAUUCUUGGCCAGAAAUCAUUUAUAUCUAUCUGCCUCUCACUGCCUGAUC